AUGUCCUUUGAUCCAUCCUCCUCACCUUUUGAUGCCUCAGACCCCCAUUCACGCGUUAUUAGCACUUCAUGCUUUGACUUUCUUAUGAAUGAACUUGUGCCUAUGGCUGAACGUUUGUCUAAGGAACUCUCAGUCGAAGAGAAGCUCCCUGAAGAUGACGAGGUUCGGGAAAUGACAUUCUUUCGCCUUGAGUCGCUUGGUUAUAGGGUUGGACAGGGUCUUGCGGAACGGUUCUCUCGAGACCGCCCUCGGUUCACAGAUAAUCUUGAUGUCAUUAAAUUUCUAUGUAAGGACUUAUGGACAAUACUCUUCAAAAAGCAAAUUGACAACUUGAAAACAAACCACCGUGGUGUAUAUGUAUUGACUGAUAAUUCGUUUCGACCGUUUGCAAGAAUGAGCAUGUCUGUACGGAGUGAAGCUGUGUCUAUGGCCCAGGCGUACCUAUGGUUUCCAUGCGGUAUUAUUCGCGGUGCUUUAUCAAACCUGGGCAUUCACACCACUGUGCAAGCAGAAACAUCCGAACUUCCGGGGGCUACUUUCCAAAUCAAGACUGUUCCAGCUAAGUAA